AAAGAGAAAAGAACAUAGUGAAAUUGUAGAACGUUACAUCUAAUUUAAAAGUUACUAGAAUAUUGUCAUUAACAAAGUUCAGAAACUAAAAUUGCUGAAUUUUUUUUCCCAAUUCUUGUGAAAAGAUAAAACUAACCAUGUAUCUUUUAAUAAAUUUGUUAGCCACCUCAAUCACAAGUCACUAAAGCUUUCAAUGAAUUGGAAAUUUGUAUCAUUUAAUAGUUAGAGGAAAACACACUAAAGGUAAAAAUAGAAUGGUACCAUUGAUUAAUUGGUCAAACAAUUAAUAUUUUCAAAUUUAAUAGUUCACUGCCUUUUAUAUCCAUGCAGCUUUAACCAAGUUCUGGUUGCUGAAUGAUGAAUUGUGCAAAUCCCAAAGGAAGAGGGGGAGGGGGGAGGGAAAUUGUAUCUUUAUCCCUUGAAAUGCUCGGUGGCUUUUAUUGUUUGGCCUCCAGGCAACAGGAUUGACCUGUGUGCUUGGUAUGGUCCUAGUAAUUCCCCAAGAUUGCUCAUUAUCUAGGAUUUAGGAUUCUGCAUGUAGUCCCAAGGUAUGUUUAUGGAGUACUGAGUCCUUCAUUAAAGAAUAUAAGAAAAAACGCUUUGGCUGCAUAAACGUAGAAUCUCUACCAGAAAUAUUGAGACAGUUCUAUUUCACAAUGACCCCUCCCUCCUCUGUUACAAGAAAACCAUCCUGUUUUUUCAAGAUAAUUCUUGAAAAUACUAUCCGUGAAGGAAAACUUAGGAUUCCCUCAAAAUUUCUGAAAUAUUAUGGCAAUUGUUUAUCAAGUCCAAUAAUCCUUAAAGAUCCCACGGGAACCUCAUGGAAAGUGGAGUUGCUGAAGAAUGUGAAUGAGGUUUGGCUAGGAAAGGGUUGGCCAGAAUUUUCUGAGAAUCACACUCUGAAACAUGGGCACUUGGUACUUUUUCAAUACCAGAGAGAUGGCCAUUUCCAUGUGUUCAUAUUUGAUGAGAGCGCUGUAGAGACUGAGUAUUCAAGCAGUAGACUCCAUUCAGGGACGCCAAAUUUUAAUGGAGAAUCUCCACAGCCCAAUAAGCAAGAAGUUGAUGAUCAAGAUGACAUUUCUUGUGGCAACCAUUCCAAAGGAAAGAGAAAGCGGUUCAAGGAUGAGAAAGGUAUUAGUAGGCAGGCAAGAAGGCCUAAAUGUUCAAAAACUUGUGGAGCUCAUGAAGCUGCUGACAGCGACUUCAUCUCAAGCUAUCCAUACUUCAAGGUUGUUUUAAGACAGCAUCACAAUGUGAGAGUUCCCAUUAGCUUGAUCAGGGGACAUAUGGAGUGUGAAUCACAGACUAUGAUGCUAAAGGUUGCUGAGAAAUCAUGGCCUGUGAAAUUGAAUGUGUAUUUAAAUAGGAAAUUAGCUAUGUUAUCUGGUGGUUGGCGUGCAUUUGCAAGGGAAAAUUCUCUAGAAGCUGGAGAUGUUUGCAUUCUUGAGUUGAUUGAGAGGAAUGUGCUGAAUGUAAACAUAUUCAGAUGUGCACCAAAUUUUGGUGGAGAAUCUCCACAGCCCAAGAAGAAAGAAACUGAUGAUCAAGAUGACAUUUCUUGUGAUGAUCCAACCAGAAAUGGCAACCAAUCCAAAGGAAAGAGGAAGCAGUUCAAGGAUGAGAAGGGUAUUAGCAGACAGGCUGGAUGGCCAAAAUGUUCAAAAACUUGUGGAGCUCAUGAAGCUGACAACAGCUUCAUCUCAAGCUAUCCAUACUUCAAGGUUGUUUUAAGGCAGCUUCAAAAUGCGAGAGUCCCUGUUGGCUUUAUCAAGAGAUAUAUGGAGUGUGAAUCACAGACUAUGCUGCUAAAGGUUGCUGAGAAGUCGUGGCCUGUGAAAUUGAAUGUGUAUUUAGAUAAGCACUUAGCUAUUUUAUCUGGUGGUUGGCCUGCAUUUGCAAGGGAAAAUUCUCUGGGAGCUGGAGAUGUUUGUAUCUUCGAGUUGAUUGAGAGGAAUGUGCUGAAUGUUCUCAUAUUCAGAUAUGCUAAGUUAAAUGAUUGAUUGUGUGGCUAAUUUUCUGUUAUCUAUUUUGGAGAACAACUGUCUAUGAAUGCUUAUUACUGCUA